UCCUUAUGAUGGAGGACUUUAUUUGGAGAGAGGCGAUUAAAGCGACACGUGACCGACAGGUGGUUGAUUUGGGAGGUUAAUUGUCCGUGUUCCCCAGGUGUUUUGAUCAACAACAAACGCACGCGCGAUCCUUGUUGUGAAUGUGGUCUGAGGGAGAGAGAGGGAGAGCGAAGGGGAGGGAGAGAGAGAGAGAGAGAGAGGCGUGCUCCACAUUGGUCGGGCCACUUUUCUGACGACACACCAACAAUCGUCAACCUGUGGAUAGAGAGCUUCGCACGGCGGUGGUUGCUCUCCUUCCUCCUCCUCCUCCUCCUCCACUGCCACCCUUGUCCCUUCGUCCAAGUCUACUCGAUCUCCACGGGCAUCCAGGACGCAUGCAUCGUGAGAGGUCGCCGGUUCAAUUCCCGAGUGAAGGAGAGGAGCCGAAAAAGUUGAGCGGGUCGUGCACCAUCCCCGCUUCAUGAAUGGCCGGAACAUGGAGGAGAUGCCAUUCGAAAGAGUCAAGACGCGGCGGAGGAAGGGUCACUGUCCGGUCGGUGCACCCCUGGGCGUCAUCGCCUGCGAGGACGAGUUCAACAGCCAGGAGCUGGAGGCGCUGUUCCAGAGCUACAACCUGAAGCUGGAGCAGACCGCCACCCUCAAAGCGCUGGCGGUGCUGAUCGUGGCCGCGUCCUGCCUGGCUCUGGUGGAGCUGCUGUCCAGCCCGCGCCUCACCUUGUCCAAGGGCUCCUACCCGGUGCACUGCGUGGUCUUCCUGUCGCUGUUCAUCGUUACCAACGUCAAGUACCUGCAGGUGACGCAGCUGCAGCAGAUCGCUAAGCUGGCGCUGCUCUUCAGCUUCACCUUCGCGCUGCUCUGCUGUCCCUUUCCGCUGGCGCUGGGCGCCGUGGAGCCGCUGAACGCCGCUGCCCCCGAGCAAGGAGUGUGGCAGCUGAUGCUGGUCACACUCGUUGCUUACGUGCUGCUGCCGGUGCGGACGCUGUUGGCCGUGUUGUUCGGUGUGAUGCUGGCUGCGUCCCAUUUCAUUGUUAUAGCCACCUCGGUCACAGGAAAAAGGCAGAGGAUCUGGAGACCGCUGGUGGCCAACGCCGUGCUCUUCACCAGCGUCAACUUGUCGGGGGUGUUUGUGCGGAUUCUCACUGAGCGUGCCCAGAGGAAAGUCUUCCUGCAAGCACGAAACUGCAUCGAGGAAAGGCUGAGGCUGGAGGACGAGAACGAGAAGCAGGAGCGUCUGCUAAUGAGUCUACUGCCCAGGAAUGUUGCCAUGGAGAUGAAGGAGGACUUCCUGAAGCCGCCUGAGAGGAUCUUUCACAAGAUCUACAUCCAACGUCACGACAAUGUCAGCAUCCUGUUUGCAGACAUCGUGGGCUUCACCAGCCUGGCCUCUCAGUGCACGGCGCAGGAACUGGUCAAACUCCUGAAUGAACUGUUUGGGAAGUUUGAUGAGCUGGCAACGGAGAACCACUGCAGGAGAAUAAAGAUCCUGGGCGACUGUUACUACUGUGUGUCCGGCCUGACCCAACCCAAGGCUGACCACGCCCACUGCUGUGUAGAAAUGGGGCUGGACAUGAUUGACACGAUUGCGUCAGUGGUGGAGGCCACAGAGGUGGAUCUCAACAUGCGGGUGGGUCUCCACACAGGACGCGUGCUGUGCGGCGUUCUGGGCCUCAGGAAAUGGCAGUACGACGUCUGGUCAAAUGAUGUCACGCUGGCCAACGUGAUGGAAGCGGGAGGGCUGCCUGGCAAGGUGCACAUCACAAGGACGACCCUGGAGUGUUUGAACGGAGACUACGAGGUGGAGCCGGGCUUCGGACACGAGAGACACGCCUUCCUGCAGAAACAUCACAUCGAGACGUUCUUCAUCGUGCCCUCGCACAGACGCAAGAUUUUUCCAGGUCUGAUUCUGUCCGACAUCAAACCUGCCAAGAGGAUGAAGUUCAAGACGGUCUGCUACCUGCUGGUGCAGCUCAUGCACUGCAGGAAGAUGUUCAAGGCCGAGAUCCCCUUCUCCAACGUCAUGACGUGUGAGGACGAUGACAAGCGGAGGGCGCUGAGGACGGCCUCAGAGAAGUUCAAGAACCGAACAUCUUUCUCAGCACCUGCGGUGCAGCAAUCCCCGGGAACUCGAGUUAACCGCUACAUUGGGCGACUCAUUGAAGCACGACAGACCGAGUCGGAGAUGUCGGACCUGAAUUGCAUCACUCUCUUCUACAAGAGCAGAGACAGGGAGCGCAGGUAUCAGCAGGUUUACGACGACUAUUUCAUCAGCGCCGUGGUUCUGUCUCUGAUCCUCGCUGCUCUGUUUGGCCUCAUCUAUCUGCUAAUGAUCCCGCAGGGGAUGCUGGUGCUGCUGCUGCUGGUGCUGUGUGUGUGUUUCCACGUGGCCUGUGUCAUGUACCUCCAUCUCACCAGUGUUCAGUGCCAACCGGGCUGCCUCACCAUCCAGAUCCGAACGGUGCUGUGUGUGUUCCUGGUUCUGCUCACCUACUCUGUCAGCCAGGCCUGUGUGGUGGGAUGUGUUCCGUGGGGAAGAGUGAUGAUAAAUUCCAGUGGCUCGCUGGAGAACGUUCCCGUGGACGCGCUGGCCGUCAGACCCUCCAACACCACCCUGGUGGACAGAGUGUGUACCAACAUGGCGUACGCGCUGCUGUCGUGCGUGGCUGGAACCCUCACCAUCGUCCCCUACCUCAGAGUGUCCUCGCUUCCCAAGAUCCUGCUGCUCCUCCUCCUCUCUGUCACCUACACCGUUGUCAUGGAGUCCAGCGGCUAUCGCCAAGCUGUGGGCGGCGGUUUCCUCCACGCCCGAGGUUACGACCCAGUGUUGGCGGUUCUGUUGUUUUCUGGAGCUCUGGCUCUUCAUUCCAGACAACUGGACCUGAAACUGAGACUGGAUUAUCUCUGGGCGACUCAGGCGGAGGAGGAGAGAGAUGACAUGGAGAAGGUGAAGCUGGACAACAAGAGGAUUCUGUUCAACCUGCUGCCGGCUCAUGUGGCUCAGCACUUCCUCAUGUCGAAUCCCAGGAACAUGGACCUGUACUACCAGUCCUACACUCAGGUUGGAGUUCUGUUCGCCUCCAUCGCAAACUUCAACGACUUCUACAUCGAGCUGGAUGGGAACAACAUGGGCGUGGAGUGUCUAAGGCUCCUCAAUGAGAUCAUCGCUGACUUUGAUGAGCUGAUGGAUAAAGAGUGUUACAGAGACAUCGAGAAAAUCAAGACCAUCGGCAGCACGUACAUGGCUGCAGUAGGGCUGGUUCCUACAACUGUCUCCAAGGUAAAGAAGUCGAUUGCCUCACAUUUAUGCACAGUCUCAGAUUUUGCCAUUGAGAUGUUUGACAUCCUGGACGCCAUCAACUACCAGUCCUACAACGACUUUGUCCUGAGAAUAGGUAUUAACGUGGGCCCCGUGGUAGCUGGAGUCAUCGGAGCCCGCAGGCCUCAGUAUGACAUCUGGGGAAACACGGUGAACGUGGCCAGCAGGAUGGACAGUACUGGAGUACAAGGAAAGAUACAGGUGACUGAAGAUGUUUAUCGUCUGAUUGCCGACCAUUAUGACUUUGUGUGCCGUGGCCAGGUCAGCGUGAAGGGAAAAGGUCAGAUGCUGACAUACUUCCUGGAGGGACGCAAACAAGGCAAAAAGCUGGCUCACGCCCAGCUGCAGGAGCCGGUCGGCACUGAGCGGCGCCCCAGUGUGUUCAACCACGGUAGUGUGUGCACCAGGCUGAGUCCUGCUCCAACCGUCACCACCUAUGCUACCAUCAGGACCCCAAGCCCUGGUCUGGUCAAAGCGACCACUUCCACCAGCACCUCCAGGUUCUUGCCCUCCGUCCCGUCAGCUAUGGUGUGACAGAAAACCGUCUGAACGUAGGAACCCCGAAAAUUGGAGUGGAGGAGGGAACGUUUUUAAGAACUCUUGUCGGUGCACACUAAUUGCCCGUGGCAGGAAAAAAAACAAGGGUCUACAUUGAAUUUAGGAAUGACCACAGAGUCUGGGGUCGCGCCGACUCCAAUCCCCCUCCAACUCUUUACUCCGGCACUGUCUGCUGCUUCUCUCUCUGAGGCGUCUCAUCCAGGAUAUAAGAGGUUUCAGCCAUGUUGCUCUGUAAUCAGUCAAAGGCCAAGGAUGACUCCAGGGUUUUAGAGUUGCCUCCCCUAAACUAGAAAUCAGCAUCAAGAUUUAAACACAUUCAAAUGCACAACAGGUGCUGUAGCAUUCAAGCCUCAAACGUAUCCUCCGACAACAGCUAAGCUAAUCCCCAUUGUAAAACCAAAUCAGAGCAAUUGCCUCACAGCAACAACUCCUCGCAUCCAGUUUCCUGCCAUUUUUAUUUAUUUUUUUGCCUUUCAGAUCCUCUACUGAUUUGUUUUUAAAAUUAUUUUGGGUUAAGCAGACAUAUUUUAGAAAGUUUAGCCUAUGAGUUUAGCUAUGUGGCAUUGCCAGGUUUGUGAUGACAGAACGUUGUUUUCCCCUUUUCUUGGUUGAAACCCCAGUGACAGAACAAGGUUCCCUGAGCGGGGCUGGGGGGCUGGGGGUUCAGUGUCUUUUAGAGGAAAUGUCUAACUGUUUUACGAUAGAGUGCUGCUGUUUACAGGUCAUAGAAGCAAACACGUGGUUCCAAAAAGAUCAAGAGUACCCUACUGUCUGCAGUAGUCCCUGGUGUCACAAAGUAAACCUCUAGAGUGCGCUGUCAGGCUCCUGUAACCACUAUGUCAAUGGCUAGCCUGAAGGUCAGUUUAAAAAGCUAAUAUCGCAUCUGUUUUUUGGUUUCAUUGGUCAGCAUUUGUGAGAAUAUAUUUAGCAUGAAGUUAAAAAAAGAACUAAACCCCCCUCCCAAAAAAAAAAAACAAAAAAUCUGUGAUGUUUUGUCUGGACUGUGAUUCUAACAUGUUGCGUUGCUAUUGUAAGGAUAUUUUGAGCCAAUUAGGAAAAGGUGGCUCUGUGACAUCAGGUCCGUGUGUGCAGAUAGUAGUUUAUCUCUUCAUGCUUCUUGAUUUGUCGAUCAAAAGUACGAUGGAUUGAAAAACAUGUCUCCCUCAGUUGAUGAUGAUGAUGAUGAUGAUGAUGAUGAUGAAGAUGAAGACUGGCUGUCUGUCCCGUCUGCUGUCUAUCUCCCUGUGAUGCUUGACUUCCAGAUUCUUCCUCGUCCAAGUGUAGCAAUAAAGCGGUCCGUCUCUUCUCUCAGCCCCCCCUCU